GGUUUUCCGGCGCUACGCGCCGGAUUCGUAUAUUUUAUUCUUAAAUAAAUUUACAAUCUUAAGAAAAUUUGUUCAAAAAUAUGAAGAUGAUUUUUUUUUUGAAAGAAAAUGAUUUUUUUUCCGAUCCAUCUAUUUGAUAGUAAUUAUCGACUGUAGUGUAUUAUUUUGUUUUGAAGUUACUUAUUUUCAUUUUUCAUAUGUGUUAUGUUUUUUUUGGUGACUUGUGUUUGUGUCUGGGAAGGAAAUGCCACAUGGGUUACCGUCGAAGAAAAUAUACCAGAUUCAAAAACGAAGAAGUUGAAGGUUAGAGAGGGUCGAACAGUUACGAACUUAGGGAUUGAGCAAAGUGAUGAGACGGAGUUUAAAGAAACAGAGCUUGGUACACUGAUUUGUAAUAGAAAUCCAUCUUUCACCUUGUUGAAUUUUCUUCUCGGAGUUCAGAAAACCAUUGAAGAUGUCUUCUAUUCAGUUAACAAGGAAAGGAGUAUCACAUUAUGGUUCUAUUGCAAGGAUGAUCCAUGCACCCAAAAGUGUGCCCAAGUGUUCAACGAUUUAAAAGACCAGAAUCCUCGUAGCAGUCUCAGGAUUGUGCCUAUAUCGCCACCCAAAUUUAAAGAGGCAAAGAUGAUUGAAAAUAAUCCCGCAAUCAUCAUCACGUUCAAGGCGAAAGCAAUCUUCACUGACACGAACUCCUUGGUGCGCGGCCAAAAGUCGAAAGCAAUCUCCAAGACGAACUCCUUGGUGCGCGACCAAGAGUGGACAAUGGAAUGGAAAGAGGAGGAACUAAAGUGGAAGCUAGUCCAUGUGUCUGAAUUUUAA